CAAGGAAGAGGAACAACCCUCCUCUCUCAUCAACUCAUUGGAUCAACUAACCCUUUGAAGUUUCACACACUAUAGCAUGCGUGUUUGAGAACCGCGGCCACACACACCCGCAGCUUCGAAGUUCAUUGUUGGAAAACAUUUAUAUCUCGCUGUAAAUAUCAAAUAAAUGUGAGGAAUGUGGAGUAUUUCUGUUGGAUUUAACCGGGUGGAUUAACUCGCGAUAAAGCAAUAAAAAGUCGUUGCCAGUGGACGUGUUUGACCGUGAACCGGAGUAUAUGAACCUGCUCGGUUUUCAACAGCAGCCGUGCUCCUGCAUGGUGAGUUUGAGGCAGUUCAUGCUUGUCUGACUGUGAAAAGUGACUCGAAAAAAUUAUGUGAACAGCACAAAAGUUUGAGGAAACUUUUCCCUGAGUCUUUAUUUAACGAGCUGGUAUUUUUUUCCUGUUCUUAAAAAAAAAAAAAAAUACAGUAACUUUUCCUUCCUACAAUUUUGGGAUUUUAGUUUGUUUUACAACAGCCACCGACAGAAUGAAUAGUUUAGGGCGCAUGGCUCUCGCGCUGGCGCUCGCACUGCUGGAGUGUUUUUCCCGGGAUGCACGAGCCCAGGUAAUGUCAGCCAAGGUGAUGCGUCCUUCUAACGUGAGGCGAGAUGGUGAGUUUUCGAUGUACUUGUACCGGAAAGAAGAGGUUGUCACGGUAACGGCGGCGGGCGGAAACAUCCUGAGCCCCCGCUUCCCAAACUCCUACCCCCGGAACCUGCUGUUGUCGUGGAAACUACUGUCGGCCCACAACACCCACAUCAGCCUGGAGUUUGACUCCCACUUCGGACUGGAGGAGCCGGAUAAUGAAGUCUGCAGGUAUGACUUUGUGGAGGUGGAGGACAUCUCAGAGACCAGCACUAUUACCUGGGGGAGAUGGUGUGGUCAGAGGCCCCCCCCUCGCAUCACCUCCAAAUCCAACACCCUCAAUGUCACCUUCAAGUCCGACGACUACUUUGUGGCCAAACCUGGAUUUAAACUCUACUACUCUCUGCUGGAUGUCUCCCCUCCUACUGCAUCGAAGAGUAACUGGGAGGCUGUGACCCUGAUGAAUGAUUAUUCAUCGGUGUUUGCUCCAGCGGUAACGGAGGUUCCUCUGACCGCAGCUGCACUGGACCAAACCAUUGCAGCCUUCGACACCGUGGAGCAGCUCCUCCGUCACCUCAACCCCGACAGCUGGAAACAAGACCUGGAGAACCUGAGUAGAGAGACCAGCAUUUACAGACCCCGAUCCUUUCAGCAGAGCAGCAGACAUCACAAAAUUGACCUGGACCGCCUGCACGAUGACGUGAAGCGCUACAGCUGUACGCCCCGUAACUACUCCGUCAACCUGAGGGAGGAGCUGAGGGCCACCAACGCUGUCUUCUUCCCACGAUGCCUCCUGGUGAAACGCUGUGGGGGGAACUGCGCCUGCGGGACGGACAACUGGAACGGCUGUGACUGCAGCCCGGCCAAGACCAGCGUCAAGCUACAUGAGGCCACCCCGCUGAAAGCCCACUGGACGGUGGGGAGGGACACAGCUCUGGGACUGACUGCUGUCUACAUCUCCACCCUUCUCUCUGCAGUGCUCCGCUGCCCUCCAUCCACCCCCCAUUGUCCUGCUGCCACCCAGCCAAACCCCAAAUUGUUCUCCCCCUGUGGCAUUCAUGAGGGACUGUUAAAUUCAAGGUGCACAUGUCGUCGUGUUCAUAUCCAUGCCGUUGUAUGUUUCCGUGUUCACAUUUGAAUGUCUUUUUUUCCCCCCAGUAAAUGUUUUUGCUUUGUACAGUCAUUUGGAAAUGGGUUUCAGGGAAGGAGGAUGUAGCAACAUAACACUAUUAGCCCAACCACAACCAGGAACCACACGCCCAAGGUCUCCACUCCACCCCAAUAGAAACAUUCAUAUUUAUUUUGAAAUUCUUUGUGGUUUUUUUUUCCUGUUAAGUCCUACUUUGUUGUGUGAUACGCUUUCUUUGUUGUUUUCCUGUCCUCUCAUAUUCUUUUGGAUGUAGGGAUAUUAUCGAGGAAUACAGACGCAGGCUGAGUUAAAAAAACAUUCUCUGUUUUUAUCCCUCUCCACAAAUAUUCCACCCCUUUCCUCCCUUCAUCUCCUGCUUCGGCAGAUCAAAGAGGAAUCCGUCUGGAUCGGAAACAUUCCACCCUGACCGACGUUCUGAUCAUACCAACAGCCAAACCAGGAAUUUAGAGAACGUGGAGAAUCCUAGUGUUCACCCUAAACAAAACCAGAGAUAAUUGUACACUCUAUUUUGUCAUAUUUUAUAUCUGCAAUAUUUGCAGACCUGGUUCCCUGUGUGUAGUACACAUCACUGUUUGGACUUUUGAAUUGUGUAGUCGUAAUGAACAAAUUCUUCAAACCAUUAAUCCCUGAACCUAAUCUACUGUGUCAUCACUACUGUAUUUCAUUGUGUGUUUGUAUUAAUGUGCGAGAUUAUCUGUCAAAGACCUUGAAACAUUCUCAUAUUACAAUGUUCCUUUAAGUUGGGAUAGAAAGAGCAAAGAUGUUGCUGUGGCCCCUCUUAGAGAUGUCCAUUUACAUUCCACUAAGGGCGCUGGCCUUAGUCAUUGCAAUUUAAUCCGCAGCUGAAACUCCGUUAAUAAAAAUGUAUAUUUCUCAGUUUUUCUCAUAACUUCUGUUUCCCUGUUAAUGGGACUUUUGUGACUGGAGGGAGAUUCAGUAUGUCUCUGCUCUUGUAGAACUUGUGUGCCACGGGUAUCGGCUGUCUGGAGUGAUCUGAAACACAUUGGCAGAGUCUCCUAGGAGAGAAACCAAAAUAUGAUGCACGUGCUUGUGGACUAAAGUUAUGUGACAGUCAAGCUCCCAGCGAUUAGACACAGAUGAAGUAUUUUUACCAUCUCUCAGUCCUGUCUCUCUCCAUCUCACACACACUUGUGCAAAUUGAUGUCCUAACACGCAAUAGAAGCCCGGUUUGUAAUACACAGACAUGUUUUUCUUUCCCUUUCAGCUGAAACAGGUGGGUGUCAGUUCCUCUCCCAUGUUCUGGUUUUUGGAUGAUUUUGUCAAUAAUUUUCACUGUGUGUUUUUGUACUGUAGAUUGAGCACAGUUCACAGAGGCUUACUAUUCACACAAUGUUAUAGUCUCUGCAAGGCCAAUGGAUUUAUUCAGUUAAGUGUGUGUUUUUGUGUGCGCACGUGUGCACACUCUGGCUAUUGCAGUUUUAUCAGCACAUUCCUUUGUCCUCUGGUUCAAAGUGACAUUCCACUCCUUUUUUUUCCCAAAUAAUAUUUUUUCUUUUUCAAGUGAAGCUGAAAUGUUAGAGCUUUUAGUUUGGUCAAAACUAAAAAAAAUCACACCUUAAUGCCUAUAUUAUCCAUUAUUGAAGCAGUAUGCUUGUCAUUAAUU